AUGAAGGAUAUGGAAUUUUUGAAGGAUUAUUUUUCUAGGGUUAUGGAACUUGUAACCCAAAUGAAAAUUUAUGGGGAUAAUAUUACUAAUCAAAGAGUUGUUGAGAAAAUUUUGAUAAGUUUACUGGAGAAAUACAAUCCUAUUGUUGUUAUUAUUGAAGAAACUAAAGAUCUUGCUGAUUUGAGUAUUGAAGAUUUGAUGUGUUCAAUUAAAACAUUUGAGCAAAGGUUGAGUAGGCAAUCUGAAAAGUCAAUUGAAAGUGUAUUUCAAUCCAAACUUAAUGUUAGUACCUCUAAUUCCCAAGGAAGAGGAAGAGGAGGAGGAAGAAAUGUAACCGGAAGAGCAAGAAAUGCAAGAGGAAGAGGAAGGUCUAAUUUUCAAAGAAAGGAAAAUGAAGAGUCCACUCAACAAAAGUGUGGAAUUUGCAACCGAAGCAAUCAUGUUGAUAAAGAUUGUUGGUUUCGAAGAAAGCCAAAAUGUUACAAUUGCAACAUAUUUGGGCAUGUCAAGAAGGAUUGCCACGCCAAGAGCACUCAACAAGCUAAUUUUUCCAAGGAGCAAGAAAGUGAAGAGCACAUGUUCUAUGCUUGUCACAAGGAUGUAUGGUUUCUCGAUAACGGAUGUAGCAAUCACAUGAUAGGAGAUGAAAGCAAUUUUUGUGAAAAUGGAUGCUUCCUCCAGUUUUCAAUUCCAGACUUGGAGCAAAAUUUGCUAAGUGUUGGACAACUUAUGGGGCAUGGAUAUCUUGUUCACUUCGAAGAUGAUUUUUGCAAAAAUUUUGACAAAGGAGGGAAAAGCCAAGUUGUAGCAAAAAUCAAUAUGGAGAAGAAUAGAAGUUUUCCUCUCAUUUUUCGAUAUAGCAAAAAUGCGGCUUUGAAGAUAGAUGUGAUUGAUAAUUCAUGGCUUUGGCAUAGAAGAUUUGGGCACUUGAAUUUUCAAAACUUGAAGCAUCUACAAUAA